AUGCCCAUCUACCAUUUACCCUCAGAAUUACUGCAACAGAUAUUACAGCACGUACUUGAUUCACCCGAUGCCUCAUCACAAGAGCUGUUGCAAUGUGCCUUGACCUGCAAAUCCUGGAGCUAUUUUGCACUGCAACUCUUGUGGCAUAAACCACUGAUACUCAAGCCGCAAACAUGGCUCAAAUUCUCCAAAACGCUUGCACUCACCAACACAUACAUCGCCUACGCUCCACUUGUACGACGCAUCAAUCUAUCAGCAGUUACUGAAUUCAUUAGCGAUGAAUCGCUGCUCUUACUUUCUGUUUGUAAACAGCUGGAUCGUGUUACAUUAACUGGAUGCACAUUCAUCACAGACGCUGGCUUGAUCAACUUUCUGAGACAGGAUGUGGGUCGAUACUUGCUGUCGAUGGAUCUGUCUGAAAUCAAGCAUCUGACGGACGACACAGUGCUGGCCAUUGCAGACUCAUGCAAGAGGCUACAAGGACUCAACCUAAGCGUGAAUCCAGUGAAAGAAGAGGAAUGUCAUGGUAUCACAGACAAGAGUAUUGUCAAAUUAGCUGAGAAUUGCAGAGAUUUGAGAAGAAUUCGUCUAUCCAACUGGAAACUACUGACGGAUGAGUCGAUUCUGGCAUUGACCAAAUACUGCCCAACGUUAUUGGAAAUCGACGUGGUCAAUUGCUCCAUCACCAAUCAGUCCCUGCUGAGCAUAUUCAAUAGCUGCCGAGAACUGCGAGAACUUAAAGUGAAUCAGUGCCAUUACCUGUCUGACGAUGGAUUCGUUCAAUCAGCACUGACAACAUCCAUGCCAGGACGCAUCUACUAUGACCAACUUCGGAUAUUGGAGCUCACCAACGUAUUCGGCAUUACAGAUAGAACAGUGGAUUGCAUCACACAGGCUGCUCCGAAGAUGCGCAAUCUAGUGCUGAACAAGUGUGUCAAUCUGACGGAUCUGGGCAUCGAAUAUCUCGCUCGAUUGGGCCGUUACCUGCAUUAUAUCCAUCUAGGCAGUUGUAAAAAUAUCUCAGAUCAAGCCAUUAUCCAACUCACGUCCAAAUGCACUCGCAUCCGAUACAUUGACCUGGCCAGUUGUCACAAAUUGGGAGAUGCCACAGCCGCUGCUUUGGCAGCACUGCCUAAGCUGAAGAGAAUCGGAUUAGUAAAAUGCCACCGUAUCACUAAUCACGCCAUCAUGGCAUUGACCAGAAAUGCUCGCACCAGCGUCUCGCUGGAGCGUAUUCACUUGUCCUACUGUGAGCAGCUCACUGUACAAGCCAUCUCGGUGCUCGUUAUCCAUUGUCGUCGUCUCACCCAUUUGAGUCUAUCAUUUAUACCCGCCUUUCAGCAUGAAGAGUUCCAACGAUUCUGUCGACCACCGCCCAAGGAGUACAAUUCAGAAUUGCAGCGCACAUUUUGUGUGUUUAGCGGGCAAAAUGUACAUGACUUGCGCAACUACUUUAAAUCCUCGGCCUAUCUCAACAACAGCGACCUUGGAAGACGAUUACAUUACGCGCAAUCGAUACAAACUAGAAUAGAUGAAAUGAGUGAAACGUUGCAGAACAGGCUAUCUGUGCAAUAG